GACUAAUCCAAUAUUAUCAAUGGCUGAAAGAUACCGAGUGUUUUUAUAAGGUGUAUUCAGUCGAACAGCAUUAAGUAACUCACACAGUCUCUCGAUAAGCUUUCUGUGAAUUAUUUUAAAUUUGAGACUCAUCAAAAUGAUGAAAAAUAUUUUCUUCGGAUUUAUCUGCGCUUUCUUAGUGGGAGUUGUAUGCUCUCAAAAUCCGAUUACCAGAGUGGUGAAUGGCAGCCCAAUCGAAUACAAAAAUUAUUAUGCUUACGUUGAAGCGCAAGGCUCGAACGUGACUUCAGGCUCUGGAACGUUUAUUACACGACGACAUGUUUUAACAUCCGCUUCUAUGAUUCGAGGCUACGCACGCUGGGUGAUUGGAUAUGGAAGUGUGAAUUUCACUCAGCUCACAAGGUUGACAAGCUUUGUUGCCCUAAUACACAAUAACGUUCAGACUCAGUUUUGGCCGAACCGCAACGAUAUCGGAAUCAUUCUUUUACCUAACGAUGUCACUUCCGCACUUGUAGAGCCAGUCACUCUACCAAUCACUGUAGUCCCAUUACCUCGUGAUAAUGAAGAAGGCUUAGUGGUUGGAUUCAGCAACACCAGUCAGACCGGUGAACCAACUGAAAAUUCGGUCUUGCAGGGAGUUUAUCUGCAAACAAUUGCUAUGAACCGAUGCAGCUCCACCCACAUCGUAAAUCCAUUGCAAAAUACAUUCUGUGCUUUCGAUCAAUGGUUCAAUUCGAACAGCUGCAGCGGAAAUGUAGGUAGUGGUUUUGUGGUUCGCACUCGUGGUGAAGAGUUGUUGGUUGGCAUAUUGAAUACAUUCAAUCCGUUGUGUCGCAGCUCUGACGUAACAACCUACAUUAACAUACAAUUUUUCUUGCCAUGGAUUCGUGCUGUUAUUGGAGAUGAUCUGUAAAUUUAUUUGACUCAAUGCAUUUAUAAACAACUUGAAAGACCAAUAACGUUGCUUGAUUGUAAUU